AUGCCACAUCAGCAACAGCAACAGCAAGUAAUGCCAAUAACACCACAAGAACUACCCCGGGCCCUUCCUCCAGUGCCGACGGGUUAUAUUCAGCCUCCACCUCAAGCAAUUUUGGUACAACCACAGCAGCCGCAGCCAUCUCCUUAUCCGCAGUUUGUCCUCUACCAUAACCCGCAACUACAACAAGGUGGAGACACCCUAUCCCUAGUGCCUAUAAUUGCAUGCCUCAAGGACCCGCAACCAC